CUUCUUUCUCUCCAUUCUCUCUUCCUUUCUUAAAACACGCGACCCCCCACCGUGAUCUAUGUUGUGCACUCCUUGAAGGCCGUUGAAUCCCCGACUUCCUGCUGCGUCACUCCUUACUUUCCAUUCGUUCCUGGUGCAGACGACCCGCUUGACAUAGCUGGCGAGUGCUACCUAAUAUAUCCGAUGGACAGACCCCACCCCUUGGAGACUUGACUAUUUUGCCCUGGACAGCCUUUCCAAUCGGUCGCUGUGGCCGUGACGCGUACACUAAACCAUUCAAUCAGCCCGACUCCAUGUCCGCUUCCAGAAUCCUUUGCUGACCCACUAAAAUCUGCUAACCCCCAGCCACUACCCGUGGCAUUUUCCGGGAUCGCACCUAACAUCCUAUACCGCUGAAUCCUUCGACACGGACGCCGAAUAGCCUCUUCCGGGCACCCGAACCGAUGGAGGGCGUCCGCCAGAAAUGCAGGCCGAAACAUCAGGUCCUGGUCUUGAAAUGCUACCCACAGUAUCAGAAAGGAGUGCAGGUGGUCAAACCGAACUCGAGUGAACUCUCAUAUCUACUCUACUAUGUGAGCACCCGCCGCAGCAAGCUGACCAAGGUCGGCGCCUUCUUGGAGAAAAGAGCCGCUCGGGAUGUGUGGCGCCGCAAGAUAGGAAAUGUACAGGUUACGCUUCAGAUCUUGAGCGCGCUCAUCGAAAAAGUUCCCCGCGACUUGCCUAUUUACGCACGGUCGGUUAUGACGGUCCUCGAAACGGUCAUACGCUCUCAGGAAAUCUCCAUGGUCGAAGAUUCUAUUGAGACCUUUGAGACUUUCUGCCGGCAUCAGGAUAUGGCGGCACUAUCAGCCGAACAGGAUUUUGCUACACAGUACCGGGAAGUCGUGCGGACGUAUGCGGGUUUUGCGGACGCUGAUCCUUCCACGCAGCCGAAGAUCGCCCCGAGCCCGCCGUUCACGGUUCGAUGGAAGAUGGCGGGACUGCGGGCAAUCAAGGGGGUGGUUAGUUCCGAAGCGGGUUUGGCUGCAGAUGGUGGAGAUUCGAUACGCGUCAUACUGCCCGUUAUCCUGGAGAACCUCUACAGCCCGGAAGACAAUCUGGUUAGGUCACUCGAACUGAAGCUUCUUGAAACGGAGAAAGAUGAAGCAGAGCUCGGGCACCGACGGAGGGUUAGCACUGCUACGGUGGAAACGGUCGACGCGGUGGAGGGGGAUGCGGAAAUGGCAGCUCAGAAUACCGCUGACGUGGACCGACAAGCGGAAUUGAACAUGAGGCUGCUUGCUCUGCGGUGCCUGGAACAGAUCGUCGUCAAUGGCAGCAGCCGCGGUCAGAUCCGCGUCACGACCAAAGUCGUACUGGACUUCAUCCUGCGCAAAAGCCGAAGUGGUAGUGGGCUAGCGCUGGACUCCAAGGACAGUUGGGCCCCGUCGCUGGUUGAACUGAUCGCAAAGUGGUGCCCUGUUCAGGUUCGCUUUAUCAUUCUGGUUGCCGCUAUGGAACUUCUGCACGACAUUCCGCCAACAGAAGAGUCGUUGGACGAAUCGUUCGCCAUCAUCUAUCUUAUUGAUCGACUGCUGAAGUCUCCGGUCAAUAUGAUCGGACUCAGCAUUAUUGAUGUCUUGCUAGGCCUCCUGCGGCACAUGUCCCUCCUGGUGUCUCCCUCAAGAGCUGGAAAAUCGACGCCUGGGGCUUCUGAUGAGAAGCAAAACCAGCCUUCAAGCGUUCUAGACGUCUCCACGAAAAGAGCAGAGGUGCUCUCACUCCUGCAGCAUUGCAUCGGCAACCUCGCCACACAUAUUUACUAUGGCGAACAAGUUGUGGACAUGGUCCGGACGAUCUUGACUCGCUUUAAACCGUCAACAGCCAAUGAGCAGGCGCUAACAUCGUCUCCAACUCAGUCUGAUGCUUUGGGAGGCGCCAACCCUACGACUUCUUCUGGAGAUGGGGGCUUGAUAGCAAUGUCUCUGCCCAGUGCAAAAAUCACUGCUCUUCGAGCCAUCAAGAAUAUUCUGCUUGUUGCCAACGCGAAGCGGCCAGGAGCGACUGUAAGCGCUGAGACCAGACACCAGGUGGGCCUUUAUGUAUGGGAAGGUACACAGUGGCUCUUAAGUGAACCCGACAGAGAUGUUCGCUAUGCAUACGUGGAUGCUUUUCUUACCUGGCUGAAUCUGGAAACCACUACAGACGACCUCAAGGUCAAGGAGAGGACUGGGAGGCCCGCAAGUCAACCCGGAAAGAAUGAUCUGUCAGACUUCACCGAGAAGCCUGGAAAGCGAACCACCGGCUUGAGCGGGAAUCAGCGUGAAAGAGUGAUUAUAAUUGCACAGUCGAAUUUCCUUCGCUUACUUCAUAUGACUAUCUACGACCUUGCACUUGAUCGCCCAACCUCCGCGUCCGAAGUUAUGCUGCUUCAUUUGCUCCUAGUAAGCCUGAUUAAGCAUCUCGGGGUGAAUGCGGUCAGAUUCGGGCUCCCUAUGGUUCUGAAACUUCAGGACAGCAUGGCUACCACUGAUUUUCAGUCCUUCCCUGCUCUAGUGAACAUUGGAAGUUUGGUCCAUGGCUAUCUGUGGGCGUUAUUGGAGAAAUUCGACUUGGAUACCUCCAAGGUCGGUAAUGGAGUCCAGAGAGAAGUCCAGAAAAGGCAACAGCUCGGCGUAUGGCUUGAAGGCAUACGCUUGCCACCUGUCAGACUUGACAAUAUCAUCCAAAGCAGCAAUGUCCAGGCCAGCGGCCGUGGUGUACAGGACGUGAGCCUCCUGAUCCCGUUCGAUGGUACUGAUGAACUUGUCCAGCGAAUCGAAGCCGCCUAUGGUUCCUUCAUCGCUUUGCUUACUCACAGCCCUCCAAGUUCUCCGGGGACUGUCGGAUCACCAGGGCGAAACAUCACUGCUCCUGUUCUGCCGCAUGUGUCAGCCUCCCUCGGCACACAAAUGGCUAACGUUCUUCCUCCCGUUGUCAGGGAGCAGAUGUCAUCCCCAUGGUCAAGAGAAGCCUGCCUGGCAGCUGCUGAGAACGAGAAAGCGGAGGCCAAAUCCUUGAGUGGAUCGCGAACAGGCACCCUUGUCAUGCGCAAUCAUGCCCACCAAAACGGAACUAGCUCUCCGUCUGCAAGUUCAAACGUAUCCGUGCCGCAGCCUGCAGCGGGCCUGCAGAACAACCGAAGGACGAGCGUGCCAAACUUAUCAGGCUCACACCUCGUCAGCACCAGUCGAGAGUCUCCGGUCCACGUCAAUGAAUUGAGGCGAGUCCUCUCUGUUAACGAGGAAGGCAAGGCCCGACGGAUGAGUCCGCUGCGGGGCCGACUUGACGGCUCAAACCGCAGCGUUAUAUCUUCCAGUAGCGAGAGCAUGGUUAGUGGCUAUUCACUGAGUGAGUUCGACGAUGGUGCCUCGGUCAAGCCCCGAUCUACUAAAGGUGGACGAGUUUCUCUCGAUGGUGAGGAGACCCCUAGGGCCUCCGCCCUGUCCUUCAUGGUAGACGCGGAGGAUAUUCCGCCGGUACCGCCCAUACCCCCAUCUAUAUCUAUUCAAGGAGGACUUCAGGAUGGUUCGCAGCGCUCAAUGUCGUUUAGUCGUCCCUCGACUGCCCCCGGACCUCGCCGACAAUCUGUCACGAACGGCAAGCCAGGAGCGCCCUGUACAUCACCUGGCAAGUCUCUCAGCAGACAUAAAAGUCGAUCCAGCACUGGCCUUGCCGCUGCGGCCGCUGACGGUGCUGAGCCGUACUCAGCCAAUGCUGAUAGUGCCCGUCUUGACGUACAAAAGCUACUGGAUGGGUUCUUGUCGCCAGCCGACGCCGAGACUAGGGGCAGCAGACGAAAGGCUCGAAGCAACGCUGGCCGACGAGGCGUUUCUGGAGGAAUCGGGCGCCCUCCCUAUUAAUGGCACACUUAUGAAGGCCAUAUCGAUGAACUUCACUUUUCGGAUUAUCUCUUCUCUUCCCUUCCAUUCGUUACAUCUCAUUUGUUACGGUUGCGCAGCAGCCGCACAUCUACCUUUCUGUUGAUCCUGCACAUAUACAGUUCUAUCUUAUACCUUUUACACUGUUACGUUCCUUUUUUUGUGCCGCACUGCACCUUCGGGUUUCUUUUGUCCAAAUCUUGUCCUUCUUCUUGCCAUUUCAAAUAUUUCUGUCGAUAAUGGCGUAUGAUCUGAUAGACUUUCUUACUGGUUACCCACCCAAGCUGUGCCUUUUUUUUUCAUUUUGUCCGAACCAAAAGGUCUCGCGUGUUUCUACGUGGUUUGUUUUAGUUUCUGUGAAUAUAUACAAUUUAUUGUCUCAUAGCAUUGUGAUAUUUGCAUGUAUGUAGCCUGCGUUAGCUUACUAGAUAUCAUCCAAUUGAAAUUCAAGCUAAUAAGAUCAAACCGACGUAUAUAUGGAAAGUCACUAAAGGUUACCG